UGGUGGGAAAUGAUAAUCAGAAGAUCAACACUGACUAAAACUAAAUCCUUCAUUAACUUGCACAACGACCUCCUUUUCAUUUGUGGCAGUGCCACUGAGUCAGCUCAGCCCCAACUCACUAGCCCCAUCACCCCAGUUAACCAAGCUCACCUCCUUCGUGUCUGCACUAUUCUCUUCCAGCAGCAGAACUCGCCUGACUCACGCCUCCACUCUAAACUUUCUUCACGCGAAUUCCAACUCAACCCUGAAUUUUUCCUGCAAGUCUGCAACAAGUUUUCUUACUCGUGGCGUCCCGUUUAUCGCUUCUUCCUUUACACCCAAACUCAUGCUCAAUUCGCGCAUAAUUCUGUUACCUUCAACAAGCUGCUCGAUGUGAUUGGCAAGUCAAGAAACAUCGAUCUUUUCUGGGAACUCGCGCAAGAAACGGGAAGGAGGAAAUUGGCAAAUGACAAGACGUUUAGGAUCGUGUUGAAGACCCUGGCCUCCGCGAGGGAGUUAAAGAAAUGCGUGAAUUUUUUCAAUUUAAUGAAUGGUUUUGGGUAUGGGUAUAGUGUGGAGAGCUUGAACAAGGUGGUGGAGACCCUAUGCAGUAGCAGGCUUGUUGUUGAAGCCAAGUUUGUGGUUUUGAAGUUGAAAGAGUGGAUAAAGCCUAAUGGGGUCACUUAUAAAUUGAUUGUAAAGGGCUUCUGCGACGUGGAUGAUUUGAUUGAGGCCUCAAAGGUGUGGAAUUUAAUGGUGGAUGAAGGGUUUGAGCCGGAUAUUGAUGCAGUGGAGAAG